CCUGGGACUGGAUCAAUCGCAUGGUGGGAGUUUUUACAUUGGAUCUCAGGGUGGGAUGGGGGUUUUUUUUUUUAUUUUUCCAAAUUUCGUUCUUCUGGCUCAUUCUUGCUAUCCGUAAUCCGUCGAGGUCUCCAUAAAUAAUAACUGGACUCUGCCUACUUUUCCUUCCCCUCAUCCACUUUUUUUUCCCUCCCCCUCCUUCACCUUCUUAUUUCUUCUCUCUUGUCCUCCCCCAUCCCUCUUUCUCUCCCUUACAUUCUCUUCCCACCCAUCUUCAUCCCCUCUAUCUCUUUCUCCUCCCAAUCCUCAAAAAUGGCCAACUCUCCUCACGGUGGUGUCCUGAAGGACCUCAUCGCCCGCGAUGCUCCCCGCCACGAUCAAUUGACCGCGGAGGCGGAGAAACUGCCCGCCAUCGUGCUCUCUGAGCGCCAGCUGUGCGAUCUGGAACUGAUCAUGAACGGUGGCUUCAGUCCUCUGGAGGGUAUGUUCAAUUAGCCAAUUACUUCCCCCGAUGGUGCCUUUCUUGGUACUAUGACAACAGCGCUUGGCUCCUGCCGGUGAUUGGGAACCGCCCAAGGCUAACUCGUAUAUCUUCCGCCCAGGUUUCAUGAACCAGAAGGAUUUCGACGGGUAUGCUUCCAUCUACUCUCAUUUCCCCUCAACCCAAGACAUUGGCAGGGAACAUGCCUAUGAAAAACAGAAGCCUACAUCUUCUGUCGCAAUCGUUAUGCGAUCGACCAGUCGGCUGACCCCACCUCCCCUCGUUUAGUGUCUGCGAGAACUGCCGACUUGCCGAUGGCAACCUGUUCUCUAUGCCCAUCACUCUGGAUGCCUCUCAGGAGACCAUUGAUGCCGGCAAGCUCCAGGCCGGCUCUCGCGUUACCCUGCGGGAUUUCCGUGAUGACCGUAACCUCGCCAUCCUGACCAUCGAUGAUAUCUACCGUGCCGAUAAGGCAAAGGAAGCCAAGCUGGUCUUUGGCGGCGAUGCGGACCACCCCGCUAUCAAGUACCUGAACACCAAGGUGCACGACUUCUAUAUCGGUGGAAAGGUUGAGGCUAUCAACAAGCUGAACCACUACGACUAUGUCGCCCUCCGCUACACCCCCGCAGAGCUGCGCAUCCACUUCGAUAAGCUCGGCUGGAACCGAGUUGUCGCUUUCCAGACCAGAAACCCCAUGCACAGAGCUCACCGUGAGCUGACUGUCCGCGCCGCUCGCGCGCGCCAGGCCAAUGUCCUGAUUCACCCCGUCGUCGGUCUCACCAAGCCCGGUGACAUCGACCACUUCACCCGUGUCCGAGCCUACCAGGCUCUCCUGCCCCGUUACCCCAACGGAAUGGCCGUCCUGGGCCUGCUGCCCCUCGCCAUGCGUAUGGGUGGUCCCCGCGAGGCCAUCUGGCACGCCAUCAUCCGUAAGAACCACGGUGCUACCCACUUCAUCGUUGGUCGUGACCACGCCGGUCCCGGUAAGAACUCCAAGGGUGAGGAGUUCUACGGUCCUUACGACGCUCAGCAUGCCGUCGAGAAGUACAAGGACGAGCUGGGCAUCGAGGUCGUCGAGUUCCAGCAGGUCACCUACCUGCCCGAUACCGACGAGUACAAGCCCAAGGACGAGGUCCCCGCCGGCACCAAGACCCUGGACAUCUCCGGUACCGAGCUCCGUAACCGUCUGCGCACCGGCGCUCACAUCCCCGAGUGGUUCUCCUACCCCGAGGUUGUCAAGAUCCUCCGUGAAUCCAGCCCCCCUCGUGCCACCCAGGGUUUCACCAUCUUCCUUACUGGCUACAUGAAUUCGGGCAAGGACGCCAUUGCCCGUGCUCUCCAGGUCACCCUGAACCAGCAGGGCGGCCGCUCCGUCUCCCUGCUGCUGGGUGACACCGUCCGCCACGAGCUCUCGUCCGAGCUCGGCUUCAGCCGUGAGGACCGUCACAAGAACAUCCAGCGCAUUGCGUUCGUCGCCAGCGAGCUUACCCGCGCCGGCGCUGCCGUCAUUGCCGCUCCCAUCGCACCUUACGAGGAGUCUCGCAAGGCUGCUCGCGAGGCCGUGUCCCACCUCGGUGGUUCUUUCUUCCUGGUCCACGUGAACACUCCCCUCGAGUACUGCGAGCAGACCGACAAGCGUGGAAUUUACGAGAAGGCUCGCCGCGGCGAGAUCAAGGGUUUCACCGGUGUCGACGACCCUUACGAGGCCCCUGCCAACGCCGACCUCACCGUCGACGUUUCCAAGCAGAGCGUCCGCAGCAUCGUGCACGAGAUCAUCCUCAUGCUCGAGACCGAGGGUUACUUCGACCGUCUGUAAGCGUGUUAAAAUGGGUUAGGAAGCGUUUUUCAUUAUUAUUUCUCCUUUGUUUAAUGUAUGGAUGACGGACUUGAAAAGAGUUCUAUGAGUCGGGUUAUAGAAUGUAUGCUUUGAUUGCAAUAGUUAGAUUCCCCUUGAAAGAAUUUUAGGAGCCCAGUGUGCUCUAUUCCACC